UUAUUGACCUGCAGGGGGCAAUCUAUUCCCGGUUGACUUGGCUUAAAUACAGCAAAGAAGAAGAUGUUAGUUGUAGAUUUAAUCCACCUGUGACUCUGUGACAUGUGUGUGUGUACUGGUUGCUGAUAGUUCCUCCUGAGUAAAAGUCUUCAUCUUGCCCAGAUUCAUCUUGUCUCUCUCUCAAGUUAUUACAUUUUGGCGACGAGGAUGAAAACAAGGAAAAGGAAGUUUUGAAAAGCUGGAUCCAUACAAGUGGGAGCUUUGGAAAAGAAGAUGGCCAAUAUGGUAGGAACAGUCACACCAUUUGAUAGUCAGUCGCAGUCUUGGGAAGAGUAUUGUGAAAUCUUGCAACAUUUCUUCGAGGCAAAUGAGAUUACAGAAGCAGCCAAGCAAAAAGCUAUACUGUUAAGCACUGUAGGAAGUCAAACAUACAGUCUACUGAGGAAUUUAUUGAGUCCAGUUAAACCAGGAACAAAGACUUUUGAGGAAUUAGUGGAUUUACUGAAAGAGCAUUUCAAUCCAAAACCCAGUGAAAUUGUACAACGGUUUAAAUUCAAUUCAAGAUCAAGAGAAGAAGGGGAAAGUGUUCUUGAAUAUGUGGCAGUAUUGAGGAAAUUGGCACAUGAUUGUAAUUACGGAGAAAAAUUAACAGAGAUGCUACGGGAUAGACUGGUAUGUGGAAUAAAUGAUGACCGUAUUCAACGUAGACUGCUGGCAGAAUCAGAGUUAACGUUUGAGAAGGCGUUGAAAAUAGCGCAAGCAUUGGAAACAGCCAAUAAAGAUGUAAAGGAUUUGCAAGCUCAACGUUCAGAAACAUCUACUGCAAUGAGAGUGCAUAAAACCUCAGUAAAACAAGAUAGUCAAGGUAGAGCUUGUUACAGAUGUGGGAAUUUGCAACAUUUGGCCAAUGAGUGCAGAUUUAUUUCAGAGAAAUGCCACAAAUGUGGGAAACAAGGACAUAUAAUGAAAGUAUGUAGAUCAACAAGUUCCAUCAGAGAAACAACAUUUCAAGGGGGAGAAAGACGCAAGCAAGUUGUGGCCAGAGGAGGACAGAGAUCACAUUAUGUCAGCAGAGAGGAAAAAAGUGAAUCUGAUGAAGAAGGUAUUUUUACAGUGCACAGUUUGAAAGAAACAGAGAUUCCUAAGGUCGCUCCUCUGACUAUCACAUUGGCUGUAAAUGAUUUCAAGAUACCUUUUGAAGUGGAUACAGGCUGUGGUGUGACCGUAAUUAAUGGAUCAAAUUUUUCCAAAUUGUGGGAAGAACAUAAAAAGCCAGAAUUAAAGACCUGUUCUUUGAAGUUAAAAACUUAUACUGGCCAAGCCUUACCAGUGUUGGGUUCUGUGCAAGUGGUCGUCAGACACAAGGGAACUGUGAAGGAAUUGCCAGUAGUGGUAGUGCCUGGAACAGGACCCAAUUUAUUGGGCAGAGGGUGGAUCAAGGAAUUGGGCAUGAAAUGGGAGGCCAUACACAAGAUUCAAGGGGUUGAAAAGUUAACCUUGCCUGAUGUACUUAGCCACCAUACAGAAUUGUUCAAGGAGGAGUUGGGUGAAUUGAAAGGUCCACCAGCCAAGAUUUAUGUGGACAAAGAAGCCACUCCCAGAUUUUUCAAAGCCAGACCAGUUCCUUAUGCAAUGAAAGCAAAGGUAGAAGUUGAAAUAGAACGCCUGCUAAGAAACAACAUCAUAGAACCUGUUAAACAUUCUGAAUGGGCUGCACCUGUAGUGCCAGUUUUAAAGCCUGAUAAUACAGUACGACUGUGCGGCGAUUACAAGCUAACAGUAAAUCGAGUUUCAAAGUUGGAACAGUACCCCAUCCCUCGAUUAGAUGAUCUGUUUGCGACAUUGUCAGGAGGACAGAAGUUCACUAAACUGGAUAUGAGUCACGCUUACCAUCAGAUUGCAUUAGAUGAAGAGUCUAAGAAAUAUGUCACAGUGAAUACCCAUAAAGGGCUGUUUACUUACCGUGUUUUACCCUUUGGAGUUUCUUCUAGUCCUGCUAUCUUCCAAAGGACCAUUGAGGGAGUACUGCAAGGUCUUCCUUAUGUGGCAGUUUUCCUGGAUGACAUCUUGGUGACCGGUCGCAAUGAUGAGGAGCAUCUCCAAAUGCUGGCCAGGGUAUUGGAAAGGUUGCAGGAAGCAGGACUGCGUUUGAAACGGAGUAAAUGUACUUUCAUGGAAAAAGAGGUGCAGUUCUUUCGCAUAAGAUGACCGAUGGUAGCGAAAGACCCAUUGGAUUUAUGUCACG